GAUUGAACGACUCGAUUGCGCGCUUAGUGCUACCACCACCUCCUGCUCAGGCCUCAGGUCGGAAGCUAAGUAUGUAAUCUUGCGUGACUUGAAUUCUGCUCAGAAAAAUACCUAGGCGGUUGUGGUCACAGAGGAUCCACCACGGAGUGCAUCAAUGUCUCUCCCCCUUGACUCCACUCGUUUGGAGCGUCAGUUAGAGGAACUGAACCUCCUAAAGUGUUCUCUAAUGCAAGGAGAACAAAUUACUUUCACUCUUUCGGAGACAGACACGGAAACCUGGAAUACACUUCUGGAAUCGUAUCCAGAUUUACCAUGCAAUACUCUUACCUUACAGUCACCUCGAUUUCGUCUGACUGUGGAAGGUUCCCCCAUCCAUUUCGAGGUGGAUAUUCCUAGUGACUAUAAUGGCCCCAAAGCGAGUCAGGACAUGUCAAAAGACUUGAGCUUGAUGGUUUCUGUUAGAGGAGACCAGAUCUCCCGGUAUGACCAGGAGCGAUGGCAACAAAUCAUGGCCGAAUGCGCUUCUCAGCUCAGUGAUAGUGAAUAUCCACUGUACGAGUUGAUAUCAGUGUACCUUCUUCCUCGCCUUCAUGAAGAAGUAUGCUCCAAUCUGGUCCUACCAGAGCAAGCUUCAGAGAAGUCGCAAGCCUCUGGGCGGCCUACCAGUUUACGGUAUCACGCCCUCCUCACAUCUCAUCACCUCAUCUCUCCAACCAAGCGUCGAAACCUACAGAACUGGUCAUCUCAACUGUCGAUCACUGGCUUUGCAAAAGUUGGUUAUCCUGGAAUAAUCUACUGUGAAGGUGAUAAAACGCAGGUGGAAGAAUUUGUAGCAAACAUCAAAGCAAUGCAAUGGCUAGCCUUGAGGGUCAGAUUCGUAGAGCCUAUUCCUGGUCUAGAGACGCUUCAGAAUAUCGAAAUAAGGCGACGAUGGGUUGAGUUCGAGAAGGUAGGCGAGUUGAUGGAGGAGAUGAGGCGGAUAGGAAGAGAGAGUUAUGUUGUCGAAAUGGGCAUAGGAAGUGCAGGAAACGCUGUCUCAAGAUAGGCAUCACACAAGAGUACGAACAAUUGAUUAUUGGAUUCAC